AUGGUCUUCUGUGGGAAACCCAGCAAAGGAUGCGGCCAAUGCCGAUCGAGGAAGAUCCGGUGCGACCAGGAGCGGCCUGCUUGUUCGCAAUGCCUCAAAGGCAACAGGGUCUGCCCCGGCUACCGAGAUGAACUGUCGCUGAUGUUCCGCGAUGAAAGUCAGCAGGUUGUCCGGAAGGCCCGGAAUAGUGCUGCCGCACGCAAGUCCAAAACACAGGCAAGGAAGGCGGCCAGGCGAACCCUUUCGCCGAGUGAGAGUAGCCCGGAGUCCACAUCUGGUGCGACGACGGUCUCGGUCGGCCGGAGUAGCGAUGUGAUUGACUUCGGCCACGAGAGCCCGGUGCAGACUGAGCUGAUAGAGCGGCAACCACUGACGAGGAUCCAGCCGUCGUACCAGACCACGCAAGAUGAGGCGGUCUGUUACUUCCUCCGGUACAACCGGUGGCCUGGGUUUCACUGGAUGUUAGACCUGAGUCCCGAGUUUCUUGCCAGCUCGGGCUUUUCUGUGAGCCACGAGGCUAUGAAAGCGAGUGUCGGUGCUGUGGGGACGGCGAUGCUUGGACGGGUUCGGCAAGACAUGUCGAUGAUUAUCGCUGCUGGAGCGGAAUAUGGGUUCGCUUUGCAAAUGUUAGCCUUCGCUGUCUCAGAUCCAGCAGAGGUGAAAGCUAACUCGACACUGGGAGCGGUCUUGAUGCUGGCCAUUUUUGAGAUUACGAGCUGCUUACAGCUCAGCGUACACGUGCCGCCAUCGGUGCUCGAAUGCGCACCACUUGGCAUGUUUCUCCGCCCACAGACAGAGGCAUACGGUGAUCGCCUAGUAUACAUCCUCGGCCAAUUGGCCAACCUCCGUGCCGAUGUCAGACAGAAAUACAUGACAGAUAAUCAAGAGAUUCUAACAGCGGCCUACGACAUCGAAGCAGAAUUGCUAGCCUGGAUUGCAUCUCUUCCUCCCGACUUUUCAUACACCACCGUCGAGAAUACAUACUCCGACUCGGAGUUCAAGAGACUCUGUCGCGGCAUACUCCCAUACAACAAUCAAUACCACAUCUACAGCGAUCUCUGGAUUUGCCAUACAUGGAACCAGUAUCGUUGCGCGCGCAUUAUCGUCUCCGAGAUGAUACUGAGCUGUCUACGUCGACUGCACCGCAAGUCACCGGGCGCACGCGCUGUCAGCGAACUGCAAAGUCACUGCAUCAGGAUCCGCAGCAGCACGCGGCAGUUGGCUGCGGACAUCUGCGCCAGCGUACCCUACCAUUUCGGCGUUGGCAGCACAGGUGAGAGUCAGACAGGCUCUGUCCCCCUCAACGAGUGUCACACCGCAGGUCUCGUGCUGCUGUGGCCGCUGGUCAUGGCCGGUGCAACCGAGGGAAAGAACCACCCUGUGCGCAAGUGGGGCAUUGACUGUCUGCGGCUCAUCGGGCACGGUAUGGGGAUCGAUCAGGCCCUAGCUUUGAUCGAUGUUCUAGAAACCGAAGCGGGGGUCUUUGACGGCGUGGGCGAUGACGGAGUGCUCAUAGAGGAGAGCAGCUCCGCCAUUGUGAAGAACAAGGUUUUGGCAACCGCUUGGAAGCAUUUGGAGGAUAAAUGA